GGGAGGAACAAAAAAAAAUCACCCUCACAAGUAGCUGUUGCAAUGGGUGCAGUAAUGGGUACAUUCUCUUCUCUACAAACCAGACAAAGAAGACCCUCAAAAGACUUCGCCCGAUGGUCUUACCUGUCUCAGAGAGAUAAAAUUGAAGAUGAAUUAGAGCUGACCACGGUGUGCUAUCGUCCAGAAGGACUGGAACAGCUUGAAGCACAAACUAAUUUCACAAAGAGGGAACUUCAAGUGCUUUACAGAGGAUUUAAAAAUGAAUGUCCUAGUGGGGUUGUUAAUGAAGAGACGUUCAAACAGAUCUAUGCACAGUUUUUUCCACAUGGAGAUGCUAGUAUGUAUGCCCAUUAUCUUUUCAAUGCGUUUGACACUGCACAGACUGGAUCAGUGAAGUUUGAGGGUUUUGUGAUGGCACUAUCAACUUUGUUGAGAGGAACAGUUCAUGAAAAGCUAAGAUGGACAUUUAAUCUUUAUGACAUAAAUAAAGAUGGAUAUAUAAACAAGGAGGAAAUGAUGGAUAUAGUAAAGGCAAUUUAUGAUAUGAUGGGCAAGUACACAUAUCCUGUUCUCAAGCAAGAUGCUCCAAGACUGCACGUAGAAGUUUUCUUCCAGAAAAUGGAUAAAAACAAAGAUGGUGUUGUAACUCUAGAUGAGUUUAUUGAAUCAUGUCAGGAGGAUGACAAUAUUAUGAGAUCCUUACAGCUCUUUGAGAAUGUGAUGUAACAGCAUCUGGAAUGCAGCAUAGGAACCAGAGACUUUGUACGUAAUGAAAACCUUCUUUCUGGAUGAAGGCUUUUUACAACUCAGCUAUGUUGCGUGAACAAGGAUUGUGUAAGGCAUCUCCAACCGAGCUUCGUUUCCGAAUGCAACAAACUCCCAUCUCUCCUCCCCAAGAGACACUGACUGGAAGUUAUUUCAUUUUGGAAGCAUGCUAAUAUUUUAAUAAAACCUGAUGAGUGAGACCUGCUGCUUGAAGUUUAAUGAUAAUAUACAACAUUCUGUUUGCUAGUCACAAAUUCUGCUGCUUUUAAUCUAGCAAAUCUGAUUACAUCUGGUAGCACCAUGUCAAUAGCUUGCUAAGCCAUCUAUUGUGAGUGGAAGCUCAGUCCAUUCCAUCAUAGAACAACGUGUUGUAUUAUUGUCCUCUUUAUUUUGCUUUGGCAGAAACCUAAUGUACCAAGAAAUCUAUGUUUAGAUUUUGAAAACUAACACCAGAUUUAUUUACUAUGUUAAAUGGAGGGUCCAGUUCAUUUAAAAACCAUAUAUCCCACUUUACUCAACAUUCCUGAUUUUUCUCUCACAUACACUGGUGUUACUCCAUUGAAUUUCAUGGAGUUGCUUCUAAUAUACACCAGCCAGAGGAGCAUCAAGCCAAUAUACAUUAGAGGAGCAGAAUACACUUUUCCAUAUACAAUUUCUACACUACAGAAUGAAUCCCAUUGAGCAGGGCCGGUGGAAGGA